GCCUGCGUCACUCCACAAAGAGGCGGGGCUCCACGGAGGUGUUUCCCGGCUUUAUAUAGAUACAGAGACCUUUCCAUCGCAAAGCAGUGCGUCACCAGAACCCCUGGAAACUAACAUGCAAGUCCAGAAUAGAAAAUAUAACGAGUUAGACCAACUGUAUUAAAAGAAUAUCCAUACAGUUUUGCGUUGUUAUUGCACGCGCUUUUAAGUGUUGUAUAUUGAACCAUCUGAGCUUUCAGAUCAUUUAGACCGUUUUGUCGUGACUGGAAUACACCUUUAUUGCGGUAGAAGUGAACACUUUUAUCAGAUAUCUGGACUCGUCUUUAUAUUGGGGAAUAAAACGCUCAACGGACACUGUCGCGCGUUUUGGGAAAGUGCGUUGAACUUGCUGUGAGUUCACUCUACACUUCGCAAGCAUGAAAUCCGCAGAGGAAGAUGCAUAUGGUUACAGCCAAAACACCAGCAUCUCGCUAGCUCUGAGCAACCCCUGCCCGCCCUCCCAGUACCACAAUCUCCAGACCAGCCCUUCCUUGUCGAUAUCCAUCAGUCAGCCCUCUUCGUUCUCCCCUCAAGAUGACUUGAGCUCGGUGGGGUACUUCCAAACAUCCGGCACCCGGUCCAACGGAGCACCCACUUUGGAGAGUCCACGCAUUGAGAUAACAGCUUACGGUCAGUUCCCUGAGGACGAAGUGGAGGAGAACAACGUCCCCGUGGCUAAGCGAGUCAAUUCCAUAGUGACAUUAACUUUGCCAAGCGUCGACGGUUAUCGUGACCCCACCUGCCUCAGCCCGGCGAGCAGCGUGUCUUCCCGUAGCUGCCAUUCAGAAGCGUCAUCGUACGAAUCGGGCUUCUCGUACAACUACGACAACUCGCCGCAGAACUCGCCCUGGCAGUCUCCCUGCGUCUCCCCGAAAGGUUCCUCCUCUCUGCAGUCGUGCACCCUUGGUGCUUCUCCUCGCCAUUCUCCAUCCGGUUCACCCCGUACCAGUAUCACCGACGACAGCUGGAUGGGCACCCGAGGCUCCCGACCGAAUUCUCCUUGUGCCGGUAAACGGAAGUACAGCUUCAAUGGAGGCCCGUCGCACAAGUACCAUCCGUACUCGCCAAAUCAAUCCCCAGGGCCGUCGCCACAAACUUCGCCCCGUCUCAGCGUGACGGAGGACACCUGGCUGCCCAACACCAACCAGUACACCAACUCCGCCAUCGUUGCCGCCAUUAAUGCCCUCACCACAGAUGGAUUAACAGAUCUUGGGGAGGGGAUCCCUUUGAAGUCCCGCAAGACCAGUCUGGAGCACAGCGCUUCGAUGAACCUGAAAGUAGAACCAGGUGGAGAAGAGACAGGAUCCCUGGAGCUUUGCCAGGAGGAUUUCUCCUCAGCACGCCUGCCCUUCAAAAAAGAGACCUACUGCAGUGGCUUCUUGGAUGUGCCCCAGCACCCAUAUUGGUCCAAGCCAAAACCUUACAUCAGUCCGUCGUUGCCUGCUCUCGACUGGCAGUUGCCUUCCAGUUCAGGGCCGUACAGCCUACAGAUUGACGUCCAACCCAAGUCUCAUCACCGCGCUCACUACGAGACCGAAGGCAGCAGAGGGGCUGUAAAAGCACUAGCAGGAGGGCAUCCAGUGGUCCAGCUUCACGGCUACAUGGAAAGUGAGCCCCUGACCCUCCAGCUGUUCAUUGGGACAGCAGAUGACCGUCUUCUUCGGCCUCACGCCUUCUACCAGGUCCACCGUAUAACCGGGAAGACCGUGUCCACACCAAGCCACGAAGUCAUGCAGUCCAACACCAAAGUUCUUGAGAUUCCUCUACUCCCUGAGAGCAACAUGAGGGCCAUAAUCGACUGCGCUGGAAUUCUCAAGCUGCGGAACUCAGACAUCGAGCUCCGGAAGGGCGAGACAGACAUCGGGCGGAAGAACACGCGUGUGAGGAUGGUGUUCCGUGUCCACAUCAACCAACCCAAUGGCAGGACGGUGUCCUUACAGGUGGCAUCUAACCCCAUUGAGUGCUCCCAGCGCUCAGCACAGGAGCUGCCCCUCGUGGAUAAACAGAGCAUGGAAAGCUGUGCCGCCUCAGGGGGGGAACAGAUGCUUCUCAGCGGGCACAACUUCCAGCCCGACUCCAAGGUGGUGUUUGUGGAGCGAGCACAAGAUGGCCAUCACAUAUGGGAAAUGGAGGCCAAAGUCAACAGAGAAUCAUCCAAAUCUGUGGCUUUGCUUGUGGAAGUCCCACCAUACCGGAACCAAAGAAUAUCCAGUCCAGUUCAAGUGAAUUUCUAUGUGUGCAAUGGCAAGCGGAAGAGAAGCCAGUACCAGCGUUUCACAUACCUGCCCACAAACGUUCCAACCAUAAAAACAGAGCCGCAUGACGACUACGACCUCCCCCAGGUAUGUGCGCCGCUCCAUCCCGCCGGGUUGGCGCUGCAUCCGAAGCCCUACUACAGCCCCCCGGCGAUGACCCCCAUGAUGCCCUCAGAACUAAGGCCUUGUGUCACGGGCUCAUUCGCAUCGAGCCCUCAGAGACUGGUGGCAAAGCCCACCUCACUGUCCUGCUCGUCCUCCCCCAGCACCAGCCCCAAACUACAGGAUCUUUCCCCGCCUCACCUCCCCACUAAGUGCCUAUCAGCAGGAUCGAACCUGGGCCCCCAGUCUCCCACUGUCCCACACGUCUCCACCAUCCAGCCCACGCCCGGACGCUACCCGCAGUCCAUCCUCUACCCAACAGGAAGCGCUGCAUCCUCUCCAGGGUCCCAUCCUUCCACCCCAAACUCUGCACCAGAACUCCCCUUCACUCCCAGCCACAGUCUGACCCAAUCGCAGGCCACCAGCGAGGCCUCUGCGUUAGCAGCUCAGAUAACCAAAGGACCGGUGAGGAGCGUGUCCUCCCCCCUCCUACAGGAGGAGGGAGACGCCCCCGCCAUGCUGGCUGUCAGCAUCAAGCAGGAACCACAGGAACUGGAUCAAAUGUACCUAGAUGAUGUUAACGAAAUCAUAAGGAACGAUCUCUCCAGCAUCUCCGUUCACAGCCACGCAUAGCAGCCGAAGGUCCCUCUGAGAAGACCACGGCAAUCAUGAACUCUUCAGCAUACCGAAUUUCUGACAGAAGAUCCGAAUCAGCAAGACCUGACUCUGAUAACACCGAUUCAACAAACAAACCCUAUGCACUCAGAGUUCCACUUCAUAUGAGGCCAUCAGAACUCACCGAACCUUGCUUGUUUUAUUUCCACGGGGGGGGACUGAAAACCAGCCUAAAAGCACAGAAAAAAAACAACAAAAAAACAAGUGCACUUCAUUUCAGAAUUUAUCAGCACAUCCUGCCGAAAUGGAGCGCUUGUGCUAUUGCGGACCAAGUUGUCUCCCUUUUGCGUUUGUCCUAUUUACUCUCUUGUACUCGAUGUAGCUUUUUAAAUUAUUACCGUAAGUGCAGUUUGACGUCUUUUUCAUGUAAUUUUCUAAAAAAAAAAAAAAAAAAAAAAAAAAAAAAAAAAAGAA